UUUAAGUCGUUUGGUACCUUCUUUCCUCUCUUAAACACUAUUCACAUAUAGAGAGAGAGAGAGAGAGAGAGAGAGAGAGAGAGAGAAUGUGUUGGUGAGAGGUGUAGUUUUGCUACGAGUAACAAAAGACGGGCAGAGAAAGAGGUUAUGAUGAUGGAGGAGAAAGAGGCGCCUGUCACUCUUAAAAAAACUACUAGUGAUGAAUCUAAAAAAACAACAAAAGAAGAAGAAGAAGGAGCAAUAACAACAACAACAAAGAGAGCUGUGGAGUGCAUCUAUGGAAGCAAUGAGGAUGAGCUUAACAAAAUUCAUCUCAUGAGGGCCUUUGUACAAACACAAGAUCCUUCUUCCAAGGAUGCAGAUGAUUUGAUGAUCAGAAGGUUUCUCCGAGCUCGCGAUCUAGACAUAGAAAAGGCUUCAACAAUGUUCCUCAAGUACCUGAAAUGGAGAAGAACAUUUGUAUCGAAUGGAUUCAUAUCCGCUUCAGAGAUCCAACAUGACUUAGCACAGAACAAAAUGUUUCUUCAAGGAAUGGAUAAAAAGGGACGUCCCAUAACAGUUGCCUUUGGUGGUAGACAUUUUCACAACAAAGGAGGUUUGGUUGAGUUCAAACGUUUCACAGUCUUUGCUCUUGAGAAAUUGUGUUCAAGGAUGCCAGCAGGACAGGAGAAGUUUGUUGUUAUCUGCGAUCUUGAGGGAUGGGGAUAUGCAAACAGUGACAUUCGCGCAUACCUGGGAGCUCUAUCCAUUUUGCAGGACUACUAUCCAGAAAGACUUGGGAAGUUAUUUAUCAUUCAUGUGCCUUACAUAUUUAUGGCAGUGUGGAAGGUUGUACCUUCAUUUAUCGACGACAAUACUAAGAAGAAGAUCAUGUUUGUGGAGAACAAGAAACUGAAGUCAACUCUGCUACAAGACAUUGACGAGAGCCAGCUUCCGGAGAUUUAUGGAGGCAAACUGCCAUUGGCUCCUAUCCAAGACAGCUAAGUAGUUGCUAUGUUACAUUUCGAAGGUCAUGAUUUGUUUGACCUGUCAUGUGUUGUACAAAACCCUUGAUGAGUCUGUUUUUGAGUUUCCGAGAAAGAAUUAUCUACUGUGUUAAAACAAUCUAUGUAGUAUCUAUUUAAUUGUUCAAUGGUAUAAAAAAAAGAAUUGUCGUAAUUGAGAGGAGGAUAAA